AUAAUCAGAUUCGAGCGGUCAAAGUCGCCCCUCCCCAAAAAUAAAUCCCUAGAUUUUCCUUCCACACUUUUUUUUUUUCAUUUUUACUGAGAUCUCCGUUUGGCAAAAUAAGCAAAGUUGGAUCAACCAACUUCUUAGAAUAUUCUUUUUUAUGCUUCAGUUCUUUUCCUGCUGAUUUCAAAUUCUGAGAGAUCAAACGGACCCGUGCUGGUUUAGGCAUUAACACAAGCACCUAGAUUACUGCCACAUGCCUGCAUUUUGUUGUUGUUACCCUUACUAGUUUCUGUUACAGGCUCUUAAACUGAUCAGGCAAAUGAAACGACGAUGAGUGCAAGUAGUUUGACAGCGGAGGCGGUGUGGAAGGACAUCGAAUCAACUCGUUCAGUGACAGAUGAUCAGCUCUCCAUCUUGCAUUUCUUGUUUGGUAAAAACUUUGAGCGAGCCACUAGGAUCGUGGAUCAAAGAGGUGUCAAGAGAAUUUCUGGGGAACCUAGCGGCCGUUUCGUCUUUCAGGUUGUGGGAGAAUCACGAAGGAAGGAGGAAUAUUUCUGCUUUGCCGAAAACUACUGUGCCUGUUAUUCAUUCUUCUAUGACAUUGUGAAUAGAGGAGAACAGCUUUGUUGUAAGCAUCAGUUAGCUGCAAGACUAGCUUUGUCGUUGGGAGCUUUUAUUGAAGUUAAGGUGUCUGAUGAGCAGCUAGCAGUACUGCUAUCAAAACUCUGAAGUCUUUUGGUGAAAGCCACUUUUGCAUCAGUGUGUUAUGCAGCAGAAGCAAAGAACGAAGUUGAUGUGUUUAUCCAAUAGAAGUCAGGUGGGGCUAAGGAGCUAGGACAUUCAUGAGUAGAUCACAGCUGAACGUUUUCGUUAAUUUGUUCCAUUUUCAUUUUGUGAGGAACUGCUGCUGAGCAUGAAAUUUAGUGUCCACAGGCACGGAAAUGAUAAAAUGGUGUACCUUCUUGGAAUUUGUGGAGGGUUUGAUCAGAACACUGUUCAGAUGUCAUAGGCUUAUAGUUUGUAGGGGUAAAUAUUGACGGUUGAUGAAAUUCUAAAUUCUAUACCUUGUUUCUUACAA